UUGGGAUGCUUGCAAUGUUACCGACCUACAGUGAAUACCAGAUCUACCUAUUGUCCAUUGUUGCUUCAGGUGGUAUUGAUAUUACUGAUGUGAAGUCUAGCUUACAUCCGUGUUCCCACUGCCCUGUGAUGGCACGUGGAGCUUGUGUGGCCCGCGCUUUCCAGCGUUCGAUUUCGCACUCCACCACAUACGACGCCCAAUGAUAAGAACAGUUGGACAUCCACGCUCAUUGCAAUGCCUU